AUGGCAGGAGGACCCUCUAACAUCAAAGAAGACAUAGAAAUGUCCAUGGCUGAAGAACUGGUUCCUAUAAGCCAAGGGUAUAACUAAGAGCACGUGAUCCCAGCAGAAAUGAAGGAGCAUGGAUCCCAGUCCCUGGGUGUUUGUCAGUGGCAACAGAAGUUGGAUCUAAAGGCUGCUGGCUCUGCUGCGGUUUGGAAUAUGGCUGCAACCUGGUCCAAGAAAGUCAUCUCGGAGGCAGAUAUGGUCACUGAGAUAGGCCUGGAAGAACUAAAUGGACUGGAGGUGGAGGUCAUGAGAAGACAGCUGCACAUGAUCACUGGGCAUCUGCGCGCUGUGGAGGACCAGGGUGCCACCUGGCGCCACAGGGAAGCCGUGUUCUUCACCAUGCUGUUGUCUACCUGCAUUUCCAACCUCUGGCUGUGGAUGCGCCAGUGA